ACCCAUCAUCUGAUCAUUAAAACCAGCAUAAGUGGCUUGCAUCUAAAGACUUAAGGUUUCACAAGUCAACCUAUCAUCAUCAAUGGAGGUUCCUGCUGGUUCUAUGGCUGUCUACCUUCUGCUCUCUUGCUUUGUAGCGACUAGCUAUGGUGUAUAUUUCUCCUCCCUUAAUGAGACUCUUAUAGUUACGGCUACACACGCCAAAGACCAAGUUCUAAAGGCGGGGGAGGCGCAAAUCACAGUGACAUGGAGAUUCAACCAGACCUACAAAGCCGGUACAGACUCGGCUUACAAGACCGUAAAAGUCAAACUUUGUUAUGCACCCAUUAGUCAAAAGGACCGAUCUUGGAGGAAAACAGAAGACCGUUUGAAAAAAGACAAGACCUGCCCACACAAGAUUGUGGCUCGCCCAUACGCUGCGUCAAACAACUCAUUUACAUGGACUAUCGAGAAAGAUAUACCUACGGGAGUAUAUUUCGUGAGGGCCUAUGCACUUGAUGCUCAGGACCAAGAGGUAGCCUAUGGUCAAACCACAAAUGGUGCUAAAUCUACCAACUUGUUCAACGUCCAAGCAAUCACAGGUCGUCACGUGUCACUUGAUAUUGCAUCCGUCUGCUUUUCAGCUUUCUCCGUAGUCUCAUUGGCUGGUUUCUUUUACAUGGAGAAGCGGAAAGGAAAGGCAUCCCAACAGAAAUGAGAUUAUUUUCCGCAUACUUUAUACAGAAAAAAUAAUCCUGGUUUCGUUUAAUAAACCAAAAGAUGCGAUGUGUGUUUGUAAUACAGUGUAACGAUGUUUGUUUCUUUUAAUAAAAAGGAAGACGUGCUCUUUGAA